AUGACCACAUGUACUACAGGCUCAGUACAGAGUCAUAUUCUGAGCCCCACACACACAACACAAAAAAUCUGUAUGAAAAUAAAAUAUAACAAUGAAAAUUCCCAUUCAAUCACAACAGUGUCAGGAAAUGAGUUCCUCCUCCAGUCGGAUAUCGACUUUCUCAUAUUGGAUUGGUUCCAUGCUAUCAAAAAUGCAAUUGACAGAUUGUCAAAAGAACGGAGUUGUACAUCGAGAAAUUUGGAGUUGAAACUCAGAAGAUCUUCCAGCAUCGAAUUACUGAAUAGCUUAGACACUGAAUCCAAAGAAUCAAAGCCUGAUCACAGAAAAUCUUUAAUUUUCAGACUGAACUACAGUGCUUCUGACACAAAUGACAGAAACCGAGUUAAAAGCAGAUUAAAGAAGUUCAUCUCCCGAAGACCUUCCUUGAAAACAUUGCAAGAAAAGGGACUUAUUAAAGAUCAAAUUUUUGGCUCCCAUUUGCACUUGGUUUGUGAGCAUGAGAAAUCUACAGUCCCUCAGUUUGUAAGACUGUGUAUAAAAGCUGUUGAAAAAAGAGGUCUAGAUGUUGAUGGAAUAUACAGAGUUAGCGGCAAUCUGGCAACAAUACAGAAGUUACGAUUUGUUGUCAAUCAGGAAGAGAAGCUGAAUUUGGACGACAGCCAGUGGGAGGACAUCCACGUUGUCACCGGAGCACUCAAGAUGUUUUUCAGAGAGCUGCCUGAGCCGCUGUUCCCAUACUGCUUCUUUGAACAGUUUGUGGAGGCGAUAAAAAUCCAGGACAAUGCCACUCGUAUCAAAUCCAUAAGGAGCCUGGUAAAAAAGCUCCCUAGACCAAACUACGACACAAUGAAAAUCCUCUUUGAACACCUAAAGAAGAUAGCAGCCAAGGAAUCCGUGAAUCUUAUGUCAACACAAAGCUUAGGAAUUGUGUUUGGACCAACACUCCUUAGACCUGAAAAGGAGACAGGGAACAUGGCAGUCCACAUGCUAUACCAAAAUCAGAUAGUUGAACUUAUGUUGAGUGAGUACAGCAAGAUCUUCGGCUCUGAGGAAGACUGACAGACAGGGCCUGUUAUUGAAAACGUUCACAUCUGUCUUGAUGUCUAAUAUUUUUACAUUUCUGUAAACAUAUUUCUGAAAUAUUUCUUUUUCUUUCAAGUGACAGAUGCCUCAUUUUGUGAAAACUUAAUGAUGAUUUUGUGUUUAAUUUUCAAACAUUGGAAUAAAAAAUAUUGUCAACAUUUGCCUAUAUGUAUUCUGCAUUAACCCUUUGAGAGUUUCAUUAUGCUAGCACUCCAAGUGUCACUUUUUUUUGCAAGCUGAGCAUACAGCAUAUGGCCAAAGACCGUAGAAAAUGCUGUUUACCAACAUAUGCAAUGGAACAGAAAGACAAAUAGUAAUUGAGGAGAUUUGUGGAAAAUGGAUUAAAAUAUGUAUGUUAAAGGCAAUGAAUUAAAACAGUGAUACCAGAUCAUUUGUACCUAAUCCGAGUAUAAUUUACCUCUCCCUUUGAUAUAUACUGAUAUUUAAAGACAUGAUGAAUAAUCAGUUUGCCUGCACCAAGACUUUAAAAAAGAUUACAUCUAAUACUUUUACACAAAUAAAAAAUAAAACCCAGCCACCACCAGAAUGUCACUAUUAGCAUAACAGUGUGCAAAAAAAAAAAAAAUUAAAAACAAAAUUGGAACUUUGGCAUUUUUACUUAAAUGCAGAACAUGAAAUGAAGACAUUGCAUGACUGCUCAUUUUAAUGUAACAUCCAUUUUGAUUCUUCAUCACACUGUACAUCUGCCCACUUUCCCCUGCUAUCUCAUGUUCUGUAGCAUUUGUAUUGUGCUCCUGAGGAUGCUUUAUUGGUGAACUACAUUAAAUUCAUCUAGAAAAAACUUUAAAAAAAAAGCCUUUUCAUAUGCCCUUAGGAUUACUUGGCUAGACUUGAAUCAAUUUAUGCAUUUGAUGGUUAGUUUCAGUUGUCAUGGAUAAACAAAAGGGUAACUGUCUAGAAUAUAUCAAAUAUUGUUUCAUUUUGAAAUGUAUGUUUCCAGCUAUACACAUCUCCUACCCUGUUUUGUAAAAGUAUUCUGCUGAUAAAAUGUAGACUUAUGUUUGACAGCUUUUUAAUCAAGUUCAAAGAGAAUAAAUAAAACUAAUCCAGUGUGGUAAAGA